UUGUUUUCACUCACACAAUUUUCGGAAUUGCAUUUUUCGUCUAAAUUUCCGUGAAAAUCAUUGGAAUUCGAGUCAUUUGGUGUCGUUAAAGAAACUUUAGCAUCACAUUUCGGACAAAUAUGUCCCAAAAUUGGAGAAUUAUCGAAACUUUCAGCGUAAAAUCGAUAAAUUAAGUGAGCACCUUGAAAAUACAACACGACACAACUUGUACAAGGACACACAGCGAAGGAUGAAUUUGGUUGCCCGCAGUAGUAGAACAGUGUUUUCCGUGAUUGAAUCAAGAGCGUUCUUCAGAAGUUUGGUUAAAAAUCAAUAUUUUGGUCGAAAAAUGAGUUCUGCGAGCAGCACAGACAACAAAUACAAGGAUUACGUGAAGUUUUUGGAGUUGGUUGGCGGAUUAAAGCAUAUCAAACGCACAGGAUGGGUGCUGCGCGAUGUGAAAGACUGUGAAUCGAUAUCCGGGCACAUGUAUCGCAUGAGUGUUAUGACGUUCCUUUUGGAGAAAAAUCCCGAAAACGAGAAUUUGGAUCGUGUCAAGUGCAUGGAAAUGGCUCUCGUGCACGAUUUGGCGGAAGCUGUUGUCGGCGACAUCACGCCAUAUUGCGGCAUUUCGCGCGAAGAGAAGCAACAACGCGAAUUGGAAGCGAUGAAAGACAUUGCGAAACUCACAAACUCCGGCAGUGACAAACUCAUGGAACUUUUUCACGAAUACGAGAAGGGAGAGACGCCGGAAGCAAAGUUCGUGAAGGAUUUGGAUCGUUUGGAUUUGAUAAUGCAAGCGUUUGAGUACGAAAAACGUGACGAAAAUCCCGAAAGACUGCAAGAAUUCUUCGACAGCACGGAAGGGAAAUUCCAACAUCCGUUCGUGAAGAAGAUAGUUAGUGAAAUUUACGCACAACGACUCGAGCAUCAAGCAAAGUUGAAGAAUCAAUCGCAACAAAGUAGUUGAUAAUACGUAACAAGUGUCUUGAAAUCUUCGUGUGAAGACAAAUUUUAGCUCAAUUGUUUCCUUUUUUAUUAACAAACGAAAGUUACUUAAUUAGUUGUUGUUGUUAUUAAUUUCUAUUUAGAACCUGAGAGAUAUUUUUAUUUUUUUAAUUGACAUUUAUUUUUAAAAAUGUACUAUUUCAAUGCAAUCAAUGUUAAGUUCAUAUAUGACAGAGUUAGAAAAAUCGCUAUUUUUUGAAAAAAGUAAUAAUAAAGAAGAGCUUAAAGUCUUAUUUAUCUUA